AGCUUUGUAACUCCACAACCAGAAACUAUCUCUCUCUCUCUUUUUUCUAUUGUCUCUUUUACAAUUAUCCAAUAGAAUAUUAACCAAUGGAGUCACCAAGUCUUCCAGUAACGGCAAAAGACUGGACCUCCACCAGUCUCCACCGUGUACUAUGUAUGCAAGGCGGUGAAGGUGACGUCAGCUACGUCAACAAUUCCGAUUGCCAAGCUUUGGCUAUAACCUUAUGCAAACCAAUCCUUAUCUCAUCUCUCCAAUCCAUCAAACUCUUCACCUCUCCGAUCAUCAGAAUAGCUGACCUCGGCUGCGCCACCGGCUCCAACACUUUCGAUACCGUGGAUACGGUGGUUGAGACUUUACGUCAGCUAUUCACUACGGUGUGCGGUGGUGGAUCGCUGGAGUUUGAGGCUUUUUUCUGUGAUUUGCCUAGUAAUGACUUCAACAUGUUGUUUAGAUUGUUGUCUGAGAAACAGAAAGUUGAUUCGUCCAAAUAUUUCGCCGGCGGCGUCGCUGGCUCGUUCUAUGACCGGCUUUUCCCGAGAGGAACGAUCCAUGUCGCUGUGAGCUUAAGUGCUCUACAUUGGCUCUCUCAGAUACCGGAGAAAGUACUGGAGAAAGGAUCAAGAACAUGGAACAAAGGGAAAACGUGGAUCGAAGGGGCGAAGAAAGAAGUGGUUGAUGCAUACACAGAGCAAUCAGACAAAGAUUUGGAUGAUUUUUUGAAGUGUCGGAAAGAAGAAAUGGUGGAGGGAGGAGUGUUGUUUGUAUUAAUGGGUGGUCGUCCUUCAGGUUCAAGUAGUCAAUUUGGUGAUCAGGAUACUCGAGCCAAACAUCCUUUCACAACUACCAUGGAACAAGCUUGGCAAGAUUUAAUAGAUGAGGGACCGUUUCUGGCUUUCGCAUUAAUUAACUUGGGUUUGAUAGAUGAAGAGACAAGAGACGGAUUCAACAUACCGGCGUACAUGAGAAGUCCGGAGGAAGUGGCUGCCGGAAUAGACCGUAUCGGUGGUUUCAAGAUAGAGAAAAUGGAAUACAUGAAAAUCGUUGAAUCCUCCGACGAGAAACAUGAGGAGUGGAAAAAAGAUCCCGUUUCGUACGGACGAGCCAGGACCAACUUGGUCCAAGCUGCUAUUCGUCCUAUGGUCGACGUCUACCUUGGACCGGACCUAUGCGAUGAGCUCUUCAAAAGAUAUGAAAACCGGGUUUCUACAACCCGAGAAUUUCUUCAUAUAACUUGUUUCUUUGGAGUCGUCGCUUUUUCUGCCAUCCGAAUUGAAUGAUUAUAUGUUUAUAGCGUUAUGUAUGAAAUGUGUUUGUUCGUAUUUAUCUAUAUAUAUGGUUUGUCGUUUGUUUUAAUAUAUAUGAAUGUGUGUCGCGUUUACUUGCUGGAGAAUGUAAACUGGAAUUGGGGUACGUGUAUAUGGAACAUGUAGGGUUGGACA